GGUCCCAACUCGGUGCUGCCGCCAUCUUCCCGGAGGAGAGAGCCAGAGGCGAAGGCUCCAGCCCCGUGGUCGCUCCGCAGUCUUACCGUGACGUGACCUGCCCCUAUCCCUGUCCGCCUCUCUUUUCCUCAGCAGCUCCUAGUAAAGAGACGCCCUUCCCCCACUCUAGGUACUCACAAGGCAAAGACUCACAUUACCUGCUCCACUCUUAUCAGCGUAAGGAAACCAAGCUCAUAAGAUUGAGAAAACUUCACUGAAGAUGUCUAAGCAACAACCAACUCAGUUUAUAAAUCCAGAAACUCCUGGCUAUGUCGGAUUUGCAAACCUUCCCAAUCAAGUUCACCGAAAAUCAGUGAAAAAAGGUUUUGAAUUCACGCUAAUGGUGGUCGGUGAAUCAGGCCUAGGAAAAUCGACUCUCAUAAACAGCCUGUUCCUGACUGAUCUCUACCCAGAAAGAAUCAUACCUGGAGCCGCAGAAAAAAUUGAAAGAACUGUCCAGAUCGAAGCUUCGACUGUGGAGAUUGAAGAGCGAGGGGUCAAGCUGCGCCUGACAGUGGUGGACACGCCCGGCUACGGGGACGCCAUCAACUGCAGGGAUUGUUUUAAGACCAUCAUUGCCUACAUUGACGAGCAGUUCGAACGGUACCUGCAUGACGAGAGCGGCCUGAACAGGCGGCACAUCAUCGACAACAGGGUGCACUGCUGCUUUUACUUCAUCUCCCCUUUCGGACACGGACUGAAGCCCUUAGACGUUGCGUUCAUGAAGGCAAUACACAACAAGGUGAACAUCGUGCCUGUCAUCGCCAAAGCCGACACCCUCACGCUGAAGGAGCGGGAGCGCUUGAAGAAAAGGAUUCUGGAUGAAAUUGAAGAACAUAAUAUCAAAAUCUAUCAUUUACCUGAUGCAGAAUCUGAUGAAGAUGAGGAUUUUAAAGAGCAGACUAGACUUCUCAAGGCCAGUAUCCCAUUCUCUGUGGUCGGGUCCAAUCAGUUGAUCGAAGCCAAGGGCAAGAAGGUCAGAGGCCGCCUCUACCCAUGGGGCGUCGUGGAGGUGGAGAACCCGGAGCACAAUGACUUUCUGAAGCUGAGGACAAUGCUCAUCACCCACAUGCAGGAUCUCCAGGAGGUGACCCAGGACCUGCACUAUGAAAACUUCCGUUCCGAGAGGCUCAAAAGAGGCGGCAGAAAAGUGGACAGUGAGGACAUGAAUAAAGACCAGAUCCUGCUGGAGAAGGAAGCCGAGCUCCGCCGCAUGCAAGAGAUGAUCGCCAGGAUGCAGGCGCAGAUGCAGCUGCAGCUGCAGGGCGGGGACGGCGAUGGCGGGGCCCACGGGCACCACGUGUAAGAAAACACUUUGCAAGAUACAGAAAACAUUCCGCCUGAAUAAUACAGCUGCGUGUUUCCCACAGAUUACCGGAAGGGUGCCCGUCCACAUUUUACCGUACCUGUGCCUGAAAAUUUAAUUGUUUUUUAAACUUUUGAUGUCUUGUUUUGUAUGAAAUACUUUAACAUUUGUAAUUUCGUUGCUAUGGUAUACUUUAUAUCUUGUGAGGUGAACCUUUCAUUUUUAUCUUUCUUCCACCUUAACUAACCACUAAUGUUGGAACUGAUUUCCAGGAUCAGUCAGUAUGUGUAGUUAACAUUGAAUUUCUUUGACUUGGCUGGCCUCAUGGUUGAGGAGCACUCUUGAUUCAUUUCUAGAACAUUCAGAUCAAGCCAGCAGUGUUCCUGGGUGGUGGCGACAUAGACCCAGUGAUGAACUGACCUGCAGUAGGGCAUUUAGUUACCGAGUCACCAAGACGGCCCAUCUUGCUUGCUUUGCUUUGCCUUGAACACAACCUAAAACCAGUUUUGCUGCUGUAAUUCAAUGCCGUUCAUUCAUCUGCAGUUACCUUUCUGCCACGUGAAACUGCAGGAUUAUCUAACGUGAUAUGCGCGUAUUCAGAAAGCUCCUUAGAAACAGACCAUUAGGAGCAACUUUUAAGAACUCUGGAUUCUAACGCUACAGCAUUUUUUAAACUGCUCUGCAGUGAACCUGGCACAAGCCAUGUUUUGUAGUGUUCUUCACUGAUAACUGGUUUAUACUCUGCUCUGGACAGAAAGUGUCUGUGAACUCCAGUUUUCAUAGUACAACGAUGACUCUUAAUGCACACAAAGAGAGCCAAUAAAUGAUUUUUACUCAACUAACAUAAAAAGUUACUUUUUAAGGAAAAUUAAUAAGUUGAUAUAUUUAGAAACCAACCUUUUUGUAUUUUUAUACUGCACUUUAAUGUGUUUUCUGCAACUGCAAGUGUGUAAGAUCUGCCGGAGCAGUGGAAAUCGGGGUCCUCUGGUGGGCAGGCCUCUGAAUCCAGAGCUGUCAUCGGCCCUGAGGCUCAUGGCCCCAUGAAGCCUCAGUGCCUACCAGGUUUUCCUGAUUUGGCUUUCCUUUGUUUCCUUGAAGUUUUUAAUGGUUUUCUGGAAGGAACCAAAUAGCAGCAGAAGUUUUUUUUGUUUUUUUUUUUUUUAAUGUGCAGACGGUUGUCCGUUUUCAGCCACUGUCACUUCCCUCAUUCAUUAUAAUACCAGUUUCCCCAUGUACCAAGUAAGAAAGUCAUUUCUGAUGUGCACCACGGUCUCACUGGUAGAUCCCCCCGGUCAGGUCCGUUUCUGUGCUCUGUGGCCUUGGCCCUUCCAUGCCCUCCUAGUGUGUCUCCCUGCCGUGUGCUCCGAGGGGCGCCAGUGCUCCAGGCUUGCUGUUUUCAACAUUUAUACUGACAUUGGGAAAGCAGUUCCCAGAAAAAGACCGGGGAAGGAGACUUGGAGGGAGCAGGUGCGGCCUCAGUGUUUUCAUUUUGCUGUAACUGGAGCGGUUAAGAUGCAGAAAUUUCUUCCUCUGAGGAGGAGGAGGAGAGGUUUUGUUUUGGUCAGACACCAUAUGGUGACAUGGUCAAAAUAUAUUCACUCCAAAGAUGUGCUAUGGGAAAUAAUCGGGUAUUCUCAACAACUUUGCCUUUUCACUGUCGUUUAAUGGUGAGUAGUCACAAGCUGUUAGGUGUAGGCAUGUCGUACUGAGUUUUUACCAAGGGAAAGCGUUGAGUGACUUUAGAGCACGUCUGUGCAAGGCCGACUAUUUGGGUUAUUUUGGCAUUAACUACACUAGUAAAAGCUGUUUAAAGGAUGGAGCUGGGGGCACAUGUGCUGGUGGUCAGUGCAAGCCCCAUGUCUGCUUGAGUACGUGACUAGGGCCGGCCGCCUCGCUGUAAGGCUUCUGCGGGGGGCGGGGGGCCCUGUGCUGUCUCCCCGCUAGUCCCCCUUUGUUGUGCUGCCCAAUUUCAAAUAAAUACUGUUACUAUAGAUCAUUGCUUUUACUAAGAGAAUCUUUACCUAUAGAAAUGUAUUUUGAAAACUUAUUUUACAUUAGCAAUUUUGUAUCCAUUGAAACUAACCUUUUAUCAAUAAAGCACUAUUGUUUGGCUAUUAA